AUGGCGGGAACUGAUCGCCUCUACCCUCCGAUCGAGCCGUACGACCUGGAGCCCCCGCAGGUCCCAGCCGCCGCCGGCGAGGAGGAGGCCGGGGUUUGCGACGCGCCGGUGAUGUGGGACGACGAACCCGACGCGCCUUCCUCCCCAGAAUCGGGCCCCCACAUAUUUGAGAAGGGCGCUAGGGAUCCUCCUCCUGAAGUUUUCAAGGAAGAAAGGCUUGGUGUUGUCAAUUCUGAUGAGUUCAGCGAUGAGAUGACCACUGCGAAGGAAUCCGGAGAAAACAACUAUGAUGGUUUCCCUUCUUGUGAACAAACAGGCAUCAUAUGGGUGCCUCCUUCUGUUCCACCGAUGACAAAACAUGAUCAUGAUGAGUGGCAAAAGGGCUUUGGUUACGAUAGUGCGGGCUUCCCAGAGGAAGAAUAUAAGUGGGAUAUUGACGAAGAAAAUUUGGAGAUGACAAUGUGGGAUGUGCUCUCUGAGAUGGUUGUUGCAGGGAAGGAUAAAGUACUAUCCAUUGCAUCAUUUGAUUUAGGGACGUAUGGCAUGUCUAUGAUUUCAGAUUUUUUCCUUGAAGAGGCUCUGAAGGAUAAUGCCCAAACACUUGAAGAUGUCAGUGCUGGUUCUGAACAUGCUCUCCUUGAGACAGAACCAACAAAGUGGUUGCCUGAUAGUGCUUCCUCUUCUUGUAUGCUUUGCGGAGCACAUUUUCAUCCAAUAAUUUGCACUCGCCAUCAUUGCCGAUUUUGUGGUGGGAUAUUUUGUGGUGGUUGUUCAAAGGGUAGAAGCUUGAUGCCCCCGAAGUUCAUGACCUCAGAUCCUCAAAGGGUCUGUGAUGUUUGUGCAGUGCGUCUUGAGUGUAUUCAACCUUAUUUGAUGAAUCAAUUCAGUCGUGCUUGUCAACUUCCAACUCAAGACUUGACAGACCUAAGCACCUUGAGGUCAUGGUUAAACAUCCCAUGGGCAGUCAGUAUGGAGUAUGAGAUCUACAAAGCUGCAAAUUCCAUACAUGGCUAUUCAACAUGCUUCUUGUUCAGUCAGCCCUUUGCUGUUAAUAAGGAUGUGGGAGAGCUGAAACCUGAGAAGUCGAUCCCUGAUUCAAUUCUCAGACAAGCAAAAGGGCUUGCAAUCAUCACUGAGGUAAAGGUUGGUAUGAUGCUUACAUACAGAAUCGGUACUGGAUUGGUGGUUGCUCGGAGAGGUGAUGGUUCUUGGUCCCCUCCUUCUGCCAUCUCUACUUGCGGUCUUGGAUAUGGAGUUCAGGCUGGAGGUGAGUUGGCUGACUACAUCAUUGUUCUUAGGAACACAGAUGCCAUCAAAACUUUCAGUGGAAAUGCACAUAUGUCAAUUGGGGCUGGUAUUAGUGCUUCUGCUGGUCAUUUUGGACGAGCGGCAGAGGCUGAUUUCCGUGCUGGUGAUGGUGGUUAUGCUGCCUGUUACACAUACAGUUGUAGCAAAGGUGCCUUUGUGGGCUGUGCACUCAAUGGAAGUGUGGUAUCCACUCGAGACUCGGUAAAUGCCCGAUUUUAUGGUGGUCCAAUCAAGGCCUCAGAAAUCCUUCUUGGCUCGCUGCCAAAACCGCCUGCUGCCGCAACUCUAUACAAAGCUUUAUCUGUAUUAUUUGAUAAGAUCCACAUGUGA